CGCCUAGCGAUUGUGACCUGGGGCGCCAUUGGCCUCCCGGAGCGCGCUGUAUGCCGGGAAAUGUGGUAUCUUUGUGCUCUGGCGCGGUUGCCAAGGGCAACGGUCCCCUUGGGGCCUGAGUGCCUUGGCCGGCGAGCGGAGGUGGCGGCCUCAGCUGAAGGACAACGUGGGAGGAGAAUGGCUUUAGGAAGAAAAGCCAGCCGUCCGGCCCAGGAUAUAUUUGGCGAUUUCAGUGAUAUUUCCUUAGACUAUUCAAGGAUGGAAGACAUCAGAAACUUGAAAAUUGGUAGAAGUCUUACCAAAAUAGCACCCGGCCAUAGUAGAUUUCUAAAAAGAAACCAAAGUCUGGGUGAAAACCACUUCCUCCUGAACGAGAACACCGUCUUGGGGAGUGGGCCCAUGCUCGCUUUGGGGAGACCCCCUACCACGGCGUCGAAGGUCAGAGUGGACGCUGCGCUCACCAGGCUGGCCCGGAUAGAAAGCAAAAUCCUGAAUCGGGCGGCGCGGGCUGGUUUGUCUGACACGGACUCUGACCCGAAGACCGCGGAGGCCAGUCUUCCAAAGACGGUGGACGAAACACCCCCAAGGAGGACGGCUGACCUUUCUUCCCAGGAUACAGGCAAAAUCUCCCAGAAACAAGCCCAUGAACUUCCUGCCGCCGCCGAGAGCAAUGCCCAGAACCCGAAGACCAGUAGGUUUCUAAAGAAGAAAGAACCCCCCAUUCAGAACAUAGCCCCUGAAGCACCUGCUACGAAAGAGAGGCCUUUUCAAACACCCAGACUCAAAGAACCUGCUAGAAAAUUUGAUUCUCCAGACAGUGAUGAAGAGGAAAUGAAAGCAUUGCUGGGAAGCUUGAUGGAAUCUUCUAGAGCUGAGAAAACAGCUACGAAUCAAGGCUUGACCAGCACUAAAGUGAGUGAGAAAGAACAAAUCAAACUAUUCUCGAUCCCGACACAACCAAGAGUCCUCCCUCGCCCUGACGCGGAACUUUCCAGCUCACAGCCUUCUCGGACGUCACGCCUGCCAACCUCAGCAGAGGGGACCCUUUGCAGCGCCCGCCCAAGAUCUCACUCCGCAGAGACCCACGUUUCCAGUGACACGGCCUCCCCCACGCCGUCAGUUGCUGUCACGGGUGCCUUCUCACAAUCAGUGUCUUCGAUGAUGGGGCACGUUAAGCUCGCGUCCUCCCCCGAAAGGAGCGAGGCCGGGCCUUGGGACGGGUCCGUCUCAGAAGCUGCUGAUGACAGCCUGAACGAGUAUAGAAUAAAUAUUUUAUCCCUCGACGAUCUGGCUCCAGCUGUCAGUGAGAACUCAGCCGAGGAACAGGAAAAACAAAGUGCCCAGAGGGGAAAGCCGCCCUGCAGAAGCCCCAGAGCCGCGGCCUCUGCCGGGCAGGGCGCCCCAAGACGCGCCUGGGCGCGGGGCUCGGCGGACGGGGACGAGGGCCUCCCCAGCGAGAGCGCCUUCUCGGAGCAUCUCAGUGCCAGCUCGGCCUCCGCUGCCCGGCGGGACGGCGCUGCCAGCGUGCGGUUGUCAUCUGCCGUGCCCGCGGGGAGCGCCGCGAACUCCGCUUACUCUGCCGACUUUGAAAACCCUCCAAGUCCGACGGCAUCCGAGCCAACAGCCCGUUCCAAGGAGUCUCUUGACAGGACACUGGACUCUUUGUCCGAGUACUCUUCAAGUCUGAAGACGGACCUUGUCCCACGGACAUCCAAGUCCGGGAAAAAGUGGGGCACGGGUGUGACAAGAGUCCUCGUGAAGGAGACAGCGGUGCAGACUCUGGACCCCGCCUUCGCCUACCAGUGGACCCAGGACAGCAGCCAGCGUGGCGACGAUCGGGCCUGCCCUGGGAGGCGCCUACGUGGACCCGAUACCCAUUGCCAAUCACGUCAUCAGUGCGGACGCAAUAGAAGCCCUGACAGCCUACAGCCCGGCAGUGCUGGCCCUAAACGACAUGCUGAAGCAGCAGCUGAGCCUGACGCAGCAGUUCAUCGAGGCCAGCCGUCACCUGCACGUCUCACUCCUGCAGUCCCUGGACCACGACUCCUUUCACUACCACACCUUGGAGGAAACCAAAGAGUACAUCAGGCGCCACAGGCCCGCUCCGCUGACCAUGGAGGACGCCCUGAAGGCGGUGGAGGCAGAGCCGUGAGCGCCAGCAGGGUCUGCCUAGGGGCACCCUUCUGUGGACCGAAGACAACAGGCCCCAGCUCGCACCCGGCUGCUGCUGGACGACCCAAAGCCAGGACGGCAGCUCCGGCUCCGGCGGAGUGUGCACAGCUGAGGCCGACAAGAGGGCCCAUCUCUGGGGACACGGCUGGUCAGCUCUGCCAGCCGCUACCAUGGGGAGGCUGGCCCAGGCCAACAAACAAAGCUACAGAGCCGGAUUUUUAAAUAUCAGGAAUGACUUCCAAACGUGCAGGCACCACGUGGGCAGGCCAGGCCGCUGGUUCUGACCAUGGACUGACUGCCGGCCCAGCGCAGACCUUCAACGAGAAGGGUCCUGUCACUCUGGUCCACAAAAAGACAGAGCCUGAAGACGCUAAGGGCCUCUGCUUCCACAACUCCAAAACGGGGACGAGACCCACUUCCCUGUCAGAGCGUUCCCACCAACGGCCGAUACCACGGGGCUGCCGCCGGCACUCGGGCGGGGGAGCUGUCUUUAUGGGAAUGUCGCGUCUUUUGUGAACUGCAAGCUCAGGCUGGGAGGAGGCUCAAAGCCACAACCCCCAGUCGUCAGUCCAGAGCUGUCUCCCUGGUGUCCUUCCGCCUCUCCUCGUGGACAUGGAGACACCGGUUAGGCCAUGCUCGGCAGACAAGCAGGCCACACCGGCCUCGCUGCGGGCGGGCAGCGGGUGUCGGGAAAGGCUGUGACUAAGCGCUCUAACUGGACCCCGCGGGCUGCACGGGCGUUUCCCAGGCCUGCUGUGCCAGAUGGGGCGACCCCUGCUCUCGCCUAGAUGUUUCUGCCCCCGGAAACGCUGCGCCUGCAGCCUCCCAGCUGCAUGCCUGCCACUUCCGACUUUCCCUUUCCUCGCGGAGCACCUUGUUCUUUCCAGGAGGACAGAACGUGGCCACUUAGCUCGCUGAAUUAGUUAAAAAUAGGAAAGGAUCCUUAUUGGGUUGUCUUUGGCUUUAGCAAUAAAGUUUUAAAAACUUAAAGGGAAAACAAACCAACCACAUUGCUGUCCUUAACAGUCUCAAACUUGUCAGCACUUGCAGGAAAAUAGGGGCCUACGUUACUGACAGGCCCAAACAAUCAAAGCGUGGGGAAGGGACAUAAAGACCCGCUCUCUCACUCUGCUGGUACCUGAGCCACAGGGAGAUGGGGCUGGCUGUCACUCAUGCAGGACAAGCUCUGUGGUAACAGCAGAAUCUCGCACGAGAUUCCCCCUUGAGCUGCUAAACCCCCACUCGAGGCCGCUCCCCAUCU